AUGUCGAAGCCCACUGUCUUUGUCUGCGGCAUCACCGGCACUCAGGGCCACGCCGUUGCCUCCGCUCUCGCCCCCCACGGCGUGCCACUCCGCGCCCUUGUCCGCGACCCCUCCGCGGACGCCGCUACGCAGCUCGCCGCCUCUUUCGGCGACGCCCUGACCACCGUCCACGGCGACUACGACAAUGGCGCGGCUUCGUACGACGCCAUGAACGGCUGCACCACUCUCUUCCUCAAUCUAUCACCCAACUUCACCGACCCGACUGCUGAAUCGCGGCACGCCGACUCGCUGCUCGCCGCGGCUCGAGCCGCCGGGAUCACGCACGUCAUCUACUCGAGCGGGCUUUCAGUCAACGACCCCGAGCGCCUCCCGCACUGGGACCCAAAAAGCUUCACGGCGGCCGUCCUCCUCUCCAAGGCCGCGAUCGAAGACAAGGUCCGAAACGCCGGCUUUCCGCAUUGGACCAUCCUUCGCCCUGGCAACUUCAUGGCCAACUACACCUUGCCCCUUGUGCGCAUGUACCCCGGCCUCACCUCUACGGGCCGCUGGUCCACUGCGCUGCUUCCCGAUUCCGUCCUCCCCAUGGUCGAUCCCGUCACCAUUGGCGCCUUUGCUGCGGCCGCUGCGCUGGAUCCACCCCGGUUCCAUGAACAGGAAAUUGAGAUUGCGGAUCAGUUCAUGACAUUGAAGGAGCUCAUGCCAAGGCUUUCUGCGGCUGCUGGGCGUGAUCUUCAAGCCGUGUACAUGACGAACGAAGAUGUAGAAGCUCAAAAGGGAGCAAACCCAAUGGUCGCGGCAAUGCUCAUGAUGAGGGACUUGAGCAUUUUUGUUGACAUGGCCAAGGUGAAGAGCUGGGGAGUCCCCUUGAGCAGCUUUGACCGGUUUUUGGAAAGGGAAAGGGCACGCGUGCUUGAGACUUACAAGAAUGUUUAA